AUGGAGGAUCAGGUAGCAAGCGCCAUAGAAAUCGGCUGGAACCCUGCCUCCGACCAAGCCCUCAAAGCGCAAGCCUACGACUACCUCAACCAGCUCCGCUCCGACCCGUCUGGAUGGCAGGUCUGCCUGUCCAUCUUCACCAAAACCCCACGGCACUCCGAGAUCGUACGACAUGUGGCCCUGGAAGUGGUCAACAGCGCCGCUCAGGCCGGCCUGAUUGACCUGCAAGGUCUUGGGUUCGUCAAGGAUGCGCUGAUGGCGUACCUGCGUCAAGGGUACGCACAAGAUGGGACGCUGAAUCCUGACUCCGCAAAUAUCCAGAACAAGAUCGCCCAGACUCUCACCUGUCUCUUCUGCGCUCUCUACGCCAGCGGUUGGGAGACUUUUUUCGACGAUCUGCUCAGCUUGACGACUAAAAACCCGUCGACAAAUGCGCGAGACAACCCCGUCGGGAUCGUGUUCUAUCUCCGUGUGAUUGUCUCGAUCCACGAGGAAAUCGGCGAUGUGCUGGUGUCCAGAUCUCGCGCAGAACAGGAUAAGGCCAAUGCCCUCAAAGAUCUGAUUCGCGAGAGAGAUGUGCAGAAGAUCGCCAACUCCUGGCAAGAGAUAUUGUCGCAGUGGCGGGAUGGGGAUGAUUUGAUUGCGGAGAUGUGCCUGAAAGUUGUGGGUAGCUGGGUGAGCUGGAUCGAUAUCGGUUUGGUCGUGAACCAGACUAUGUUGGAUCUUCUGUUCCAGCAGCUAGCACGGGCACAGAGAACGGAUGUCAGGCAGGGCGAGGAGAAGCUGCGGGAUGCGGCGAUCGAUGUUUUUACUGAGAUCGUUGGCAAGAAGAUGAAGGCCGAGGAUAAGAUUGAUAUGAUCAUGUUCUUGAAUCUAGAAACUAUUGUCGCCCAGCUUUCCAACAGCCCUCCACUACACGAUGCUAGAUUCACCUCCAAAUAUGACACAGACCUAGCUGAGACCGUUGCGAAGCUCGUCAACAUCACUGUCAUUGAUAUUGUCAGGGUUCUGGAUAAUGAGGCCGCUCCAGCUCCAGCCAGGGAAAAAGCCAGUACGCUCCUCCAGGCCUUCCUUCCCCAUAUCCUCCGCUUCUUCUCCGACGAAUACGAUGAGGUCUGUUCGACCAUCAUUCCUUGCGUGAAUGAUCUUUUGUCCUACUCCAGGAAGGUCUCGAAAGGAAACCCGGCUCUCGCUGCCCAGCAUUCCUCCAUGCUUCUCCCCAUCCUGAAGGCUAUAAUUGCGAAGAUGAGAUACGAUGAAACAUCUUCAUGGGGCGAUGAAGACGAGCAAACGGAUGAGGCGGAGUUCCAGGAGCUACGGAAGAGGUUGAAUGUCCUCCAGCAGAUCAUUGCAUCGGCAAACGAGCAAUUAUAUAUGGAAGCAGUUUCAGAAGUUGUGGGAACUACGUUCGAAAACCUACGGCAGUCCGGUGGCCAGCUCGACUGGCGGGAUCUUGAUCUGGCUCUCCAUGAAAUGUUCCUCUUCGGCGAUCUGGCUGUCAAAUCUGGGGGUCUGUACAAUAAGAACAAGCCAAACAAUCCGGCUGCUGAUCGACUGGUGGACAUGAUGCUGAGGAUGGUUGAAUCUGACAUUCGAUUUUUCACUCACCCUGCAACCCAGCUCCAGUAUAUGGAAAUUUGCGUUCGUUACAACUCCUUUUUUGAACACCACGCGCAUCUAAUUCCAGGAGUCUUGGAAAAUUUCCUCCAGCUAGUUCACCACCCCUUGAAGAAGGUCAGGACGCGGUCAUGGUACCUCUUCCAACGCUUCGUGAAGCACCUCAGAGCUCAUAUCGGAAAUGUGGCUGAAACCGUCAUCAAAGCAAUCGGAGAUUUGCUUGUUAUCCAAGCUGAAGUGCCAGCAGAGGGGUCUGAUGGCGAUGAGAUGUCUUCAGAGGACCACGAGAAUUCAGCAGAUGCUGUCUUCAAUAGCCAGCUAUAUCUAUUCGAGGCGGUUGGAUCUAUUUGCUCGACUGCCGCUAUUCCGUCCGACAAGCAAGCGCUGUAUGCUCAGACGGUCCUGAACCCAAUAUUCAUGGAUAUGGAAAGAAAUCUAGCUGCAGCAAAAUCAAACGAUGAGAGAGCCUUGUUGCAAAUCCACCAUGACAUUAUGGCUCUGGGAACUCUUGCGAGAGGUUUCUCAGACUGGACCCCGGGAACUAACGCUCCCUCGAACCCCCCAGCACCAGAAGUAUCAGAAGCUUUUGCUCAAGUUUCAGAAGCAACACUCGUUGCCCUGGAAUCACUGAAGACGUCUUUUAAUGUCAGAACAGCAUCUCGGUUCACCUUCUCGAGACUGAUCGGUGUUCUCGGCUCGAGAAUCCUCCCCCAGCUGCCAAGAUGGAUCGAUGGACUUCUCACUCAGACCUCAUCCAAAGAUGAGAUGGCACUCUUUUUGCGACUUCUAGACCAGGUCAUCUUUGGCUUCAAGACUGAGAUCUAUGGCAUUCUGGACACGUUGCUUACCCCUUUCCUUCAACGCGUGUUCUCUGGAAUCGCUGAUCCCAUCACGGGCACGGACGAUGAGAUUCAACUGGCGGAAUUGAAGCGAGAGUACCUCAACUUCUUGCUUGCGGUCUUGAACAAUGACCUGGGAGCCGUGAUAAUUAGCGAGACCAACCAACCUAUCUUUGAAACCGUCAUCUCCACCAUUGAACAUUUUGCGAGAGACGCAGAUGACCCUACCACCGCGAAGAUGGCGUUCCUGGUCUUGUCUAAGAUGGCUAGUUCGUGGGGUGGCCCAGAUAUCGCUCCGGUGAUAUCGAACGGAGCGACUCCCACCCAACCGGCUCUCCCUGGUUUCGGUCAGUUCAUGAUCACGCGCUUCUCGCCGCUUUGCUGGGCGCUUCCAGCUACCUCUAGCUUCAACUCGAAGGAUGCGCAGGCAAGGCAGGUCCUUGCUGAGGCAGGAAGCUUGCAGCGGACUAUUUAUUCCAAAACAGGUGCGGAGUACGUAGAAUAUCUCCGUACUCGAGAACUUCCCGGCAUGGGAAUGGGGGCAGAUCUUAUCGAAGAGUUUUUGGGCGCUUUGAGUCGGCUGGAUACGAAAGGUUUCCGGCAAUUUUUCCAGUCCUUUAUCCAACGGUUGAGCGCAUGA